AUGACAGAUAAAGAAUACAGUGGCUACUAUAGUUAUUACUCUGAUUCGUAUGGAGAAUAUUAUUCAGAUGAUGAAACUAAAUCAGCCAACAAAACAGCAAAGAAAGAAAAUAAAGAUUCAAACAAUGAGAAAUCGAAAAGUAACAAUGAUUCCACAAAAUCUAAAGUACAGCAACAGCAAGUUCCUAAUGAAUCAAAUAAUGAAAAUUCUUUAGAAAAUGAACAUUCUAAUUACGAUUCAAAAAAUGAAGCUCCAAAAUCUGAACGUAGGAUAUCAGUUUCAUUUUCCCAAGAAGCAAUUGAUGGUGGUGUUCCAGUAAAGCAUGAUAAUGAUGAUUUAGACGCUUGGGCAAGUGCCAACUCAGGGAAAUCUAACCCAUAUGAUGUGGAAAAGUCAUCUAAUCCGGAACCCGAAGAUCUACUGCCGUUUUUAUCGGCUACAAAUCCAAAAGAUCCGGAGCAAAAACAAUUACCAGAGACGAUUCCAAAAUCUAAGCAAGAAAUCAAUCCAUUUCUUGAACCUGAACCAUUACAAUCUCAUUACAAUUCAAUUCCACCAAGAAUUACUACUCAUAGCCAAGAUUCAAUUCAAAGUCAAUAUUCUCAUGAAAAUUCCAGCCAAAUAAACGAAAGCCAAGGUUCAAAUAGAUCUAUUCUUAGUAAUCCUCACGAAGACGAAAUUGAAAGCAGUAAUCAAGAAGAAAAUCCAAGUUCGCCAAUAGUUAAAGACAGAGGAAUCAAUCUUUCGUUAGAAAGAGAGAUGUCUGAUGAAAGAUGGAUGAAAAAUAUACCUUCUCAGCUUCAAACUCCAACAAUUCCAGCAAAUAAAUCUGAAAACCGCCAAUUAGAAAGUAAAGAUAAGGAAACUAACUUCACUCAAAGCGGUAAAACUACAGCAACCAAUAAUUCUCUUGAAAUCCAAGUUAUGGGAACAAAUGAUAUGAAAGUUGAGGUUUCUAAGCCUCCCUUGAUUAUAAUAGAGAAUGAAAUAUAUCCACCAGGUGAAAUAGCAUGUGAUAAAGAUAGAUCUGGAACGGAUACGUCACAAACUAACGAUGAUAACUCAACUUCAUCAGGAGCAACUGUAAAUAGCGAAAACAUAUGGUUUGAAUUUGCUAUUCCAGAAAUACCAGCUGUAGACAAUUCCCUAUUCGAUAAUGAACUUUCUACCGAAUUUGAUCUUCCUAAGCUUUUGGCUGAGAUGAAAAAAGCUUAA